CGCUGCUGCACACUUCCUGGGUUAUUAGUCACUUCUGCAUUUCUCACUCUGGUCUUGCAGGUUUAAGAAAUGGUUUCUCAUAGCAGAAGAGCCGGAUUGGCUACAGGAUCACUCCUCCGCAGGGGCUCGUUUUUCUACUUCUCUCUCUGAUAACAAUGUUAAGCCAGUAUGGUGUGUGAACAGAUAAAAUAUACAGGUAUAUAUUGUUUAGCCAGAUGGACGUAUUCAAUCAAUCCCCAGUGGUAGAGCUGUAGCCCCAGCAUAUUUUGAGGAGUGGCAAACCCAAGAAAGUGUGCAGGUGGAGACGGCACAGGUAACAGAAGCUGCUGUCUGAUGUGGAAGCAAAAGCAGUAUGGACACUAAAGACGAGUCCCAGAAAAACAAAGAAGGAGAUAAGCCAAAAAGGUCCCCCUUUGAUUUGAUUUUAAAUCAGAUUCAAAAGAAAAAAGUUACCAAAGAAAACAAUGAAAAUAAUUUCCAAGUGAAGCAAUUCUUCAGAGGAUUUGAAAGAAAUUCCAGAAAGUCAGAGAAGAAGAAAGAAGGAGAUGAACCCAAAAAUCAGUCUACAUCUGGUGAUCACAACAAAAAGAAUGGGGAAAGUGAAAUCUCAAAAAAGGAAGAAAAGUCUGCCACAGAUGAAGCUGGAUGGUUCAAGGUCACUGAGUUUAUGCAGAGAUUUGGGAAGAAAGCAGAAUGUCUCAGCAUUAAUCUAAAUAACUGCUCCCUCACACAGACUGACUUGCAUGAUCUUGGUGGGCACCUGCCUUUUCUACCUGAUGUUGAAGAAAUGGAUUUAUCUUGGAAUAAUCUGAUUGGUGGAUCAUUGAAACUGCUAUCCCCACACCUUCGUCAUGUUGCCCGAUUAAAACUAUUGUGCUUAAGCAACUGCAGUCUGACAGCGGAUGAUGCCAGUGCUUUAGGAGAAGCACUAGAGAACAUUCCUCAUUUAGAAGCACUGGAUUUGUCUUGGAACAGUGACAUAGGAGGCAAUCUUUCUAAAGUCAUCCAACACAUCCCAGCCCAAUGUGAGCUGAAGGUACUGAAUCUGACAGAAUGUGGCCUUGGUGAAACAGAUGGCGAAGCACUAGCCACAGCAAUUCGGAAAAUGCCACAUCUUGAAGCACUGGACCUGUCUUUAAACAAAUGCAUUGGCUCCAUAAUGAACAGUCUUGUUGUGGAACUGAAAAACUGCUCUUCUCUGAGGGUGUUAAUCUUACACACCACAGGGCUACGCCAAGACAACAUCCAAUAUCUGAGUGCUAUAUUUCAGUACUGGCCAAAUUUAAGAGUGUUGGAUCUGUCCAGCAAUAAGGAAGCAGGGGGUGGAUUUCGAGAAGCAGCAGCACGGCUCACAGCUUUCAAACACCUAGAGCGGUUGGAUAUUCACCAGUGUUGUCUGUCACAGGAUGAUGUGAAUGCAUUAACCCAGGUCAUACCUUUGCUGUCCAACCUUGAGGUGCUUGAUAUCUCAUCUAACAAAGCCGUCGGAGUGAGUCCGGAAUAUCUGUUCAGCAGACUGAGAUUUUUGCCAAGGUUGAAAUCUGUGCUCGUCAACAACUGCAGCUUAAAGGAGGAAUCCUUUGCAGCACUAGCUGAAGCUUCCCAUUACUUAUUGGACCUGAAAGUUCUUGACCUUUCUUGGAAUAAGUGUGUAGGAGGAAAGCUGAAGUUGCUUUUAGGUACCCUGAAAACAGCAACAGCUCUUAAAAGUAUGGUGCUGAGUAGCUGCAACCUGGUGACCCAGGACUUGGCAGUAUUAGCAACGGCGGCACAAGCAGGACACCUGGACAGCUUGCAGCAGCUUGACAUUGCUUACAACGACACAGUCCCCGAUGAAGGAUGGAUGCUUUUCUUUGAAAGUUUAAUUGCUCUUAAGAACAUUACUGAAUUAGACGUUAGCCUGCGGCCUUCUUCUAACCGAAGCUGUGGGCCAUGGUUCAUUCAUUUAUUGUCCAUCUUUGUGAAAUUACCCAGGCUCCGAGAGCUAGGAAUGCAGCGCUGGUUGCUGACAGCGGCAGAGAAAAAGCAGCUUGGCCACAUUAUGGCAGAGAAGAACAUCAGUAUUCUUUUUGACUGACAGGACAAUAUUCUUUGCAGUUCACUGCAGUAUAAUAAUAACAAAUAGCACAAGGAGAUGGACUGAGGUUGGUCUUUUUUUAUUAGCAGGUGAUAAUGAUCAAUACUGCGAGAAACCUGAAUAUGCUAUUUAACAUUGCUAAGGAUAGCUGUCUUUUAAAAACAUGAAUGUAUUAAAUAACUGCCUAAAGUAGACAAUAUAAACAAAUAGUAAUUCCCACACCUAGAGGUAUGUGCUCUAUAAUGCUACUCGUAAAUAAUGGAUUCCUAGGUAGGGAAGAUGAAUAUAAAUAGGGGUGUGUUUCAGUACAAAGAAUGUAUCCUAAUAGACUGCAUGGAACAGUUUGCAGUUCUUAUUCCAUCUCUCAAACUUUUCUGCACAAUUUAUUUUUAAACUAUACUUUUCUCUGCUGCUAAACUGUUCAAAUGAAUGUUUAAUGCAUGAAGGUAAAUAAAAGAAAGGGAAUUAGUAAUUA